ACUUUUCGUAUUUCAAGCACUGUAGUAAAACUAUCAAAGAAGCAGUAUAGUAAGAUGAUCAAACGUUAUUUUGCGAAAAUUUUUUUCCUAGCUAUUUAAAACCAAAUGAGACUUAAGAGUUUUGAAAUAUCACACUGACUGGCAGCACUGUCAACACUCUGUAUGAUAUACGCACUCAAUAAACGCCAUUCAGAAAUAAAUGAGCAGUGUACAGUGAGUGAGUGAGCUUCGAAUGAAAACAGAAACAGAAGCGGAUAGAGAAGCGGACGUAGCACAACCGAUUAAAAACGUAACGGCAGCAGCAAAGCAGAGUGUUUCAAGUAGCAAAGAUUAGUGCAGAAGAAAAUGUCAAGAUUUUUCUCAAAAUUUACUUAAAAAGUGAUAGGUUUAUGAAAAUUUCAAAAACUAGUGCGAUACAUAACCACAAAAUAUUGCCUAGUAAGGCAGUGUGCAAAGGGGAAGUGUGUUAAAUAAGUGCUUGUCAAAGUGAAAGAUACCUAUAGUGAAAAGUAAAAAGGUCAAAGGAAUCAGCAGAGUAAAAGUAUAAUACAAAAGUGCAAAAAUGGGAUUGAACGGCUGUUGUUCGUGUGUAAAAUACUUGAUGGUGCUGAUAAACAUCUUAUUUUGGAUUAUUGGCCUAAUCAUUGUGAUCAUCUCGGUGUGGAUGCUUACCGAUCCCUCGUUCGUGCUGUCGAUGACCCAAUCCUAUAAUCACUACUACAUCGCGUUGUAUGUCUUCCUUGGCAUCGGUGUGCUCAUCACGCUGGGCGGCUUCUUCGGCUGUUGUGGCGUCGUAAAGGAAUCGCAAUGUCUGCUUAUAUCGUUCUUCUGCGUUAUUCUGGUGGUGAUGGUGGCACAGAUUGCCGCCGGCGCAUGGGCAUUCCACAACAAAGACAAACUCGAUGACAUUGUACGCGCGUCGGUGAAGUAUUCGGUGCAGGAGGAAUAUGGCCAAUCAAGCAUGAGUUCGCGUACUGUCACUUUUGACAACAUACAAAAGAAUUUGAAAUGUUGCGGUGCUGAUGGACCGGCCGAUUGGGCAACGAGCCGUUUCAACAAUGUCGAUCGCACAAAUAUCGUCGAUAUUGCCAUAUCAUCGAUGAAUGUGUUCUACAAUAUACCCGAAUCGUGUUGCAAAGACGAAUUGAAGGAGAAUGUGUGUGAGAUGUCGAGGAAGUUAAAAUUCGGUGGUUCGCUAAAUACAGCAAUAUAUCAACAGGGUUGCGUUGACAAACUAAUUGAACUCAUUUACGAGAAUUGGGUACUGAUCUUCGGCGUCUCAGCGGGUGUGAUUCUAUUGGAAUUGUUGGCGUUGACCUUCUCAUUGAGCCUUUGCUGUGCGGUGCGCAAUCAACACUACAAGGCCUGAGAAUUACUGAAUUCCCAGCGGGAAAUAAAUGACGACGAAAAAUAUUAACAAACCAAACCGAAAAGGAGGAGAACAAAGGCGUUCUAAUUCGUAACAAAACAAAGAUAACAAAUAAAAUGAUGAAAUCAACACAUGCGAAAACAUGAGCGAGGCAAGCGGAACUAAAUAUAAUGUGGUAGAAGAAAUUGAAGUAAACGCGGAAUUAAAAAAUAUAUAAAACACUUGAUAUACGAGUUGCCAUGUGUAAGGCAGGAAACUUGCUGAGACCGGAAGUUUAUGCAUUCAGAAAUACGCAAACGAGUGUAAGCUUGCAAUUUAGUGCAAAAGGAGGAGAAUUCGUAAAAACCACAUACAUACAUAAUUCAAGCAUUAAAAGCGAACAUUGAUGUAUGUAAAAUUGCCUGGAGUGAAUCUCUGGCAAAUAGAAUUUACUACAAAAUAUGCUGGUAAAUUAUAUCUAAGGAAAACAAGGAAUUUUCAUUUGUAUUUUCCAAACUUUUGUAAAACACAGAAAAGUUUUAAGCAAAACUUUGUAGAAAAAUGUGAAAAUCUUCAUCUUCAUAAAACAAUAAUCAAAAUGCAUAUGCCACAUACAAACGAAAAUAAACAAAACUAGUUAGUUAUAAUGGAAUGUUGCAAAGAAAAAAAGGAAAAAUUUAAUUGCAAAAUGCUCAUCACACCAUUUGCACUACUUUGUAUAAUUUAUGGUAUGACCAUUUUUUAAUCAAUGAGAAUUUACAGCUAUUUAAUACACUAUGAUGCCAAAUUUACGUUUUUGCAAGUACUAUUUCUAUCGUAAUUAAACAAAUGCGUUAGUGCACAAAUAAUUAACGCCAAUUGCACAAAAUCUACCAAGUUCGAGGUCUUCCGCCAUACAAAAUAUGUAUUUAUGUUUAAGUUUUUUGCCAAAUGCCAAAUGUAAAACACUUUUUAUUUAUUUAACAUUAAAUAAAAAUGUUUUGAAAAACGCUGAUUAAGACGCUUAGUACAGUGCGAAAUGAAAAUUUUUCCCGCAGGAAAAAAAAUUAAAAUUAUAUUUUUCGUAAUCUCAACCGCAUAUGUGGUUUUCUCAAAAAUAGUUUGUCGUGCGAUUUGAUUUGUAUUAGAUUAAUAAAAAAUUACAUGGAAUAAUAUUUAAGACAAAAUAAAAAUUACACUUUGAAUUCAAGUAAUGAUACAAUGUAGAACAAUAAUACCCUCAGUCUUAGCCGAAAUAAAAUAUACAUGAAAUCUUGGAAAAUUUUUGUUACAGUUAAACAUAAAGAAUUAUGUCAAAUAACUGUUAACAAUUUUAAGGAAAAAAAUUACAUUAAAUGGUGUGUUUUCAGUUGUGGUGAAAAAAGCACUAAAAUCAAUAAUAUUUUAUUUAUUUGAAAACAAAAUUAAAAUUUAGAAGCUAAAUAUUGUGCCAUUGAAAUUAUUUAUAAAAUAUAAUUAUACGGUUAACAGUUAAAUUAGCUUUGAUUGUACGCGAAAUAUUAAUAAUUUUUAUUUAAUGUACUACAUACACAUAUUUUUAUUUUUAUUAUUUUGUUUUCAUUUUGAUUUAUUUUUAUUGCUUACACUGUACAUUAUAAUCUUUCGUAAUUUUACAUAAUUUUUAUAUUGUAGCUCAUUUAUACUUUGAGUCAAUUCAAUGUUUUGCGGUAUUGACAUUCCAUAAACGAAAGCAAUUAGAGAUGGAUUGCGAAAACUAAGAUGAGAAAAUUUAAUCAAUUUGUGCAACUGUAAGAGUGUGACGUUUCCAAUCGCAUGUCAAAGAGAGAAAAGCUGGUAGAGCGUCAAAAAAAUUAAAAAAAUCAUAUGUAUGAAACUAGUCUCGUCGAUCGCUAUAUUGAUAACCUCAAACUGUUUAAGAUAACGGACUUACGUUAACUAGAAUGUCGAAAAUUUUGCAAAAUUUAUAAUCUCAUUUUUUUUUAAAUAUGUUUUAAGCAUGUCGUUUGUUUUUAAAACUGGAAGUCGAAAAACUCUUCAUAUUUGCAAACUCAAAUUUGUCUAAAUAUAUAUGUUUUUUGAAUAUGUUUGUCGUUAAUCUGUAAACAUGGUGCUCAUACUUGUAAGACAAUCUAAACAUUACAAAAAUAUCAGUUUUUUUUAUGAAAAACGACUCUCAAAUAUUUCUUCUCAUAAAUGUUAUUUUAAAUAUUAGAAAAUUUUUUAUGACAUGAAUAAAGAUCAUGUCAAAUAAGAAAUAGUUUUGAUAGUAUAAUUAUUUUGACUAAAAAGUGAUAUUCGAAUUUUUUCAACUGAAAAUGUCAAAUUUUAUUAGAUAAAAUUUAAAUUAAAUAUUAUGUAACGAUGAAAAAAAGGUUAUUUGCGAAUUUCAUAUGAAGGAAUCCAUCUCUAUUGGCUGAAAGUUAAACACUGGUGAUGUAGUUGAGUAUUUAAAUCUUUGUCAAACAAUAUAUGAUUGCUAUUAUACAUACAUACAUACCUACAUAGGAAUGUGUAAAUUAAUGUUCCGAGCAAUACAUUAGCCCAACAUUUUACAAAACCUUGUCACAAACCUGUAAAGAAUGUCAAAAACUCACAAUUUUAUAUUUCUAUACUUUCAUUUCAUACAACUUAAGUUUACUAUUAAAAUUUUUUAAUUCUUUUGUAAAGAAAAUUUUAAAAUACGUAAAAAAAUGGUUUUUCUGAACUUAAAAUGCUUACUUAAUUUUAUCACACAUAAUUUUAUGCGUAUUUUUACGAAAGAAAUUAUUAAACUUACUUAAUCGCCUGAGCCAACGUAGUCCAAAAACCAGAAGAAUUUAGGUACCUAACGCACAUUACAAAAACAAACAAAUUUAUUUUAUAAAUAUUUUAAGUUUUAGUUCUAUUUUGCCUUUGAAAAAAAAA